AUGCAGCUGCUCACGACGACGGUGCUCCUGGCUGCAAUGGCCUUCACCACGACAUACGCCCGGACCUGCGGCGCGCCCGAGUGGAACACGGACUUUGCCGGCAGCGACAUGUCCAACUUUAAAACCACCGGCGACUUUGGCAACAUGCUCAAGCAGUGCUGCGACGCGUGCACGGCCAGCAGCACGUGCGUCGCCUACACGCUCGCUGACAACGUCUGCUACCUCAAGUCGGGCGCCGGCAGUCGCCAGCCCAAGACCGGCGCCACGUCCGUGCUCAUGUCGGGCACGUCGCCGCCAGUGAGUACAUGCUCGGCGCCGGAGAUCAACGUCGACUACUACGGCAAUGAUAUCUCCAACGUGGCGGUCUCGGGCAACCAAGUCGACCAGCUCCAAGCGUGCUGCACCGCGUGCAGCAAGACCCGGCGCAAGGCAUCGCCAGGCGUGGUCUCGGCCAAGACGACGUCGGUGACAACGACGCCGACACCGACGCCUACACCGACACCGGCUGGCAACCGCACCUGCGGCGCACCCGAAUGGAACACCGACUACUACGGCAACGACAUCUCCAACUUUCCCACGUCUGGCUUGGUCAACGACAUGUUCAAGCAGUGCUGCGAUGCGUGCAAGACCACGCCCAGCUGCGGCGCGUACACGCUCUCGGGUCAGGUCUGCUACCUCAAGACCGUUGCUGGCAACCGCCGAUCGGUCAACGGUGCCAUGUCAGCAGUCGUGUCGGGAACGUGGGUCACCUCGACGCCGACCUCGACGGUGGUGAUUGUUCGGACGUGCGUCAACCCACCGUUGUACAACGCAGACUUUUUUGGCAGCGACAUUGCCAUCUUGCCAGCGACCGGCGAGUUUAACGCGAUGCUUGGUCAGUGCUGCGAGGCGUGCAAGAAGAACAUGGCUUGCAACGCGUACGUCUUGUUCGAGGGCGUCUGCUACCUCAAAUCGGCGUCCACCAGCCCUCUGGCCAAGAGCGGUGCGACGGCCGCCAUUGUCACGACGAUGACGAUUGCGUCGUAA